CAGCAAGUAUUUCAAAACUUGCAUGUUUUUAACAUAAUUUAGUUUUUAUAAGUAACCUAAAUACAAUUAAUGUAAUUCCUUGUCCAUUGGAAGUAUACCAUAUGAGGCAUUCAUAAAAAAGUGGUCAUUCUAGGGUUAACGUUUAUUAAUUGUUUUCAAAAUGCUGCAAACAAAUCGAGUCCUUCAAAAAGAGCAGGCUGAACUAUUUGCUAUCCAGAAGAAACUCGACCGAGUGCUCCCCGUCAUUCAGGAGGCAUUAAACUCACUAAAGGUAGAGGAGCUGCAUCUUAAAUCUCAGUUGGUGGGCCAGCAGAACCCAAAAACGCAGUGCUCCCCUGGAAGGGAUCCCCUCCACAUAGAUGUGUCGGUGGAACAGUCCCCAAUCACAACUGUGAUGGAGUCCCAGCUCGUCAACAGCCAACAAAUAGACCUGGAUCUCGUAAGCCAAAUGAGGCGUUAUGAGGAGGAAGUCGACUCGGAUUAAAAUUGUUAUUAAGGCUGGAACUUCACCAGAAAACGUACAUGUUGGGUGCAUAAAAAUAUAGACAAUAUAGUACAAAAAGUUC